AUGGCAACGGCUUUUGGCGGUCCCUCGGGUGAUUCGCGACGGGGAGUGUCUUCUCCUCGCCCAAAAGGUCGCGAAGCCAAGAACACCUUUUGCCGCAAUGUCACCAUCUACGGACACUGUCGGUACGAGAACAGUAAGUGCCGGCCGCCGCACCUGCUGAACGCUGUGUUGAACCAGAAUGAGAACGCCAAGAAGCGGUUCAACGUCGACUCGCCCUCCUUCACACCCCUGCAGGCAAGCACGAAUGGAUCUGUGACGCCCUCCUCGCGCAGCGCGGCCAUCUCGCCCAAGGCUGCGAAUGCUGCUGUCUUCACACCCAAGUCGCAGCGCUCUACCGUAAGCACGCCCAGCCUGCAUACAAAGGAGCCCUCAACCGAGUGGCAGGCGCAGGACUUCCAGGAGUUCGUCCCUCAAACGUUCGACGGUCAGAUGGUCGAUCCAGCCUCGUCCAGCCUCAGUUUCGACCCAUUCAACACGUCUUCAGGCAUAUCCACAAUCGCUGCCUCAGCACCAGCUAUCAAUCCAUAUGCGCAGGACCCCUCAGGACUUGGCGGCGCAUCCUACUACCAAAACGCCAACACUUUCCAGGCUUCGCCAGCAUACCAUCUUUACUGGCCGGUGGGGCCUCAGCCUACUGGGCUGCUUGCGUACCAGCGCACCGCCCACGAUUUCUUCAUUCCAGACAGUCUUCGGGAAGAUCUGCAGAAGAAAGCGGAAAUAGCACGUCAGAUCCUUCCCAACACCUCCUUACCACAUAUUGAGCAGUACCACUCCCUAUUUUGCCUCGACACAUCUCCGCAAAGGAACAAUGCUCCCUUCGGCUACGCGAGCUGGAUCUACAAAGCCAUCUCCAGCAAAGACGGCAAGACAUACGCCUUACGUCGUCUCGAGAACUUUCGUCUAACGAACGAGACUGCAAUGCGUUCGUUUCAACCAUGGAAGCGGAUACUGAAUGGCAGCGUGGUCACAAUCCAUGAAGCGUUCACGACAAGAGCUUUCGGCGACAGCUCUUUGAUCAUGGUGACUGACUACCACCCCAACGCCAAAUCGCUCGCAGAUGAGCAUUUCAAACCGGUGCCACGCUACCAUGGCAGACAGGCAGCGUCAUCACACGUAUCCGAACAGACAUUAUGGGGCUAUCUCGUCCAGAUCGGCUCAGCGCUGAAAGCUGUACAUGGUGCAGGCUUGGCUGCAAGGCUGAUUACCCCAUCUAAGAUACUUCUGACCUCGAAGAACCGCAUACGACUCAAUGCAUGCGGCAUCAUGGACGUUGUGCACUUUGACACCGCACGCCCCAUAGCUGAUGCACAAGCCGACGACCUCCUCCAGCUUGGCCGACUUGUUCUGUGCAUCGCUAACAACAGCCCACAAGCGCACAUGAACAUGCAGAAAUCCAUGGACUACAUAUCAAGAAGCUACACAGGUCGUCUGAAGGAAUGCAUCCAGUACCUUCUCAGCCCGCAGCCCCAACCAGGCGCUCCCUCGUCACCUACCUCUCCCAACGUACAGAAGGACAUUGAUACUUUCCUCGGCGGCAUUGCCGAUCAAUUCGCGUCUGUCUUUGACUCGGAGCUCCACGCGCAGGAUACACUUACCAACACGCUCGGCCGCGAGUUGGAGUCGAGUCGCAUUGUCCGCCUCCUCGUCAAGCUCAACAUGAUCAACGAGCGCCCAGAACUUGACGCCUCCCAACAUGUGCCCGGAAGUACAGCAGCAAACCCUAGCUCUGGAUGGGCAGAGACAGGGGAGCGUUACUAUCUGAAACUCUUCCGCGACUAUGUCUUCCAUCAGGUAGACGCGAACGGGCAUCCAGUCACUGAUCUGGCGCAUGUGCUUGACUGCCUGAACAAGCUGGACGCCGGGACGGACGAGAAGAUCAUGUUAACGAGCAGAGAUGAGCAGAAUGUUCUCAUUGUGAGCUAUCGCGAGGUGAAGAGGGGGCUAGAGUCGGCGUUCCAGGACUUGGUCAGAGCGGGACGAGCAAGCAAGAACUAA